GGCGGCGCACACACGGCCGCCGCCAGCCGGCCGCAUUGUACGUCGCGUCUCGACCGCGCUCCGCUGCACUCGCUUAGCCGGCGCCGCGACUCUGCGCGGUAUCGAUCGUCCUCGCCUCCGGUCAAUGUUUAUAAACAGCCGGCCGCAUCCGCUUCCCUCUCGUUGAGUUUGCCGGAUCCCUUCUCGGCCGGCGACACCUGGAUGCACCUCCGACACCUUCCGGCUGAUAGUGCAAACCAGCAUCCACCAUGCCAUGAAAAGUUUUAUCUUCAAGGAUGAAAUAAUAAAACGGCUAGCGUCAUUGGUCGUUCCAGUGUGAUUGUACUACUCUAGACUAUGCCUGUAUAAAGGUUUGCGAUUAAGUGCCGAGUUUGAUGCGAUAAGCAUAGACGAGGGGCAGCCAUGCUGUCCUACGUGGUUCCUGUGGAGGAGAAGCCUCCUCCAGUGCCAGGAAAGGGUCGUCUGGCCUUGGAGUUGGCGACCCCCAGCAGCCCAGAAUCGAGCGCACGAAGAGCGCGGACGAACAUAUCCAAAGACUCUUCAACCAGUUCCUUCGCGAGUGACCUAACCAUCUCCUCGUCAACCCCCACUGGGGCUCACGAGAAACCAAAACACAAGCUACUCAGCAAUGGCAGCAAACACACAUCCCUGAAGAGGGUGUCCUUUGGAAGUUCCAAAGGUUCCAUGGUAGAGACUUUAAUAUAUGAAAGUCCCCUACAAGAGGAACCAGAGAGCAGCCCGCCGCCAAUCCAGGAGACUGCCUUCCCGUACACGCCCGUCGAAGACGAUUCGGAGCGUUCCAAGGUUCGAGUGUCGUUCUACCAGGGAGCGAGACCGCAGUGCCUGUCUCCACCACCCCCAACCGACUACAUCCUCUACGCAGAUCUCUUGUCUGCUGCUGCACACGUCGAUAUGGCAGACCACACCAUGUAUAAUAGACAAAUUAGUACUGAAAGCGGAUGGGACAAUCCAUUCCGUCCGGACGGAGAUCUAAGCAGAGAGGCGGACGAAAUAGUAUCGCUAAUAAAGGGCGGAAAGCCCAUCACUCCGACGCCCGCGGCCCUACCUGAGGUCUCUCUAGGCGAUGAAAAGGAGGAGAAACUACUUGACCACAGUCUAAAUGCUAGCCCACCAGAGUCUCCACAGACGAAAGUGACGAGCCCGGUGCAACAGAGUACACCGAAAGCCAUGAACGGUACAAAGAACGGCAACGCUGUGCCCGAAGUGCGAGCUGGCCAAGUGGAAGUACAGCGGUCGCCGCCGCAGGAGCCCCAGCAACCGGAACACGUCACCAUCAAGAAGAAACCCAAAUGCAAGUGCUGCGUUGUCCAGUAAACCCCCAUCACAAGCCGGGAACACCAUGCUUCAUAUAACAGCAUACCGAUUUAUGUGUUUACUCGGUGCUAUCUCAUUUAAAUCUUGUUCGAUCAUCAAGUAAUAAUCAUCAAAUUCAAAAAGCCUAUGUGUUCAUUGUACCUUAAAUAUUAUCACUCUUAAAGUCUGGCCUGUACUUUCGCCUAUUACGAUAAUCUUUUUUUAAACAAAUUUGCUACAUAGGUUUUGUUUGUUAUUUUUUCUGUUAUGAUUUUUACGUACUUUACGUAUUUGUAAUAGUUUUGUUAGUUUUAUAUAAAUUACAAUUAUAAUAGGGUACAAAGUUGAGAUAGAAUAAAACAAUUGUUUUAAUCAUUUUAAAAACAUAAAACUAUUUUACUGGAUUUUAAAUGUUAUUGAGAAGAAUCUCAGCAGUGUCAAUUGACAGGAGAAAAUAAAGAGAUUAAAUAAAAAUAAUAUAAUAUUACAAAAGUCAAAUAUUUAAAACAAGUCAUGAUUGUUUAUAUAGUAAAAUCGUGAACCAAGAAAAUAUCAUUUUGAAAAGGAUCAAUGCUAAUUUAUUUAAUGAAAAUGUUACUAAGUUAAAUCUGUGUUGAAUAAUGUUUAAUGCAUAAUUUAGAGGUAUAUUUUUAUAUGUUUAUUUAUUAAAAAGUAUUAAGAACUGUAAUAAUAAUGGUUUAGUAUUCUAAAUUUCAUCAUUAAUUACUUCAAAAGGCAUGCUUCGUCUUUGUGUUAUGAUUGAAUAAUGAGAAAAAAAAAAAAAAAAAGUGAAAAAAGCUGUGCAUAUGUAGUG